AGAAAGAGCGAAGAAAGAAAACCAAAGGAAAGAUUUACGUGUGCAAGGAAGAAAUAUAUAUUGCGUAGUGGCAAGACCAGUUAUAUUUUUAUUGUCGACUAACAGCAUAUUUCGCAAAGCUGUUACCGAACGGACGUAUUUGACAUCGAAAAAGUUCGAAUGAGAAAUCCUAGAAAAUGUUGAGUAAAAGUGACACUCGGUGAUCCAUGCUGAAAAAAAUAUACAGCAAAGGGAAGAGAAUUUAGUGAAUUAUUCGGAUUAUCUUUCGGAAGGUCACGAGCAUCGUUAAUCGCUGCAUUGGUAGCUGUUUAAUUGAAAGUGGAAAGGGGAACCUUUAAGGAGCUCGAUCAUACAGGUCAACACAAACACACAAGAUACCAAGGAAAAAGGAGAACACGUACAACGAGAUAGUUGGAAGAGAUUGCACGUAUGCUACAAUAAUUGUUCCAAGAAUUCUACGAAUGGAGCACGGAUUAAAAUAUGAGUAGUACAGUGGCAAUGGAAUCAGCUACAAUUGUGAACAAUAUGACAUCUGUGAUGUCUGAGAAGGAAACAGCUCCGAUAUUCUUACAGACACGAGCUGCCCAAGGUAUUGCUGGUGUAUUUGUUUGGCUUGCAUUAUUCUUAACUUGUCAACAGAUUUAUCAACAUUUAAGGUGGUAUACCAAUCCAGCGGAGCAAAGAUGGAUAGUGAGAAUUCUAUUUAUAGUUCCAAUUUAUGCAACUUAUUCUUGGAUCUCUCUAAUAUUUUUUAACAGCGAAAGUUAUUACGUUUACUUCUUCACUGUGAGAGACUGUUACGAAGCAUUUGUUAUAUAUAACUUUAUGUCCCUAUGCUAUGAGUACCUGGGUGGCGAAGGAAACAUAAUGUCUGAAAUACGCGGCAAACCUAUUCGUUCCAAUUGCUUAUAUGGAACUUGUUGCCUAGUUGGAAAAACAUAUACAAUCGGUUUUCUUAGAUUUUGCAAGCAAGCUACUUUGCAAUUUUGUCUAGUAAAACCAGUGAUGGCAUUUAUUAUUAUAUUCCUUCAAGCAUUUGGACAUUAUAGAGAUGGAGAUUGGUCCCUGAAUGGAGGCUAUAUUUACGUGACCAUAAUUUAUAAUAUCAGUGUAUCUCUUGCCCUCUAUGGACUCUUCCUUUUCUAUUUUGCCACAAGAGACUUACUAACACCAUUUGAACCUGUUUUGAAGUUUUGUACUAUUAAGAGCGUUAUUUUUCUCUCAUUUUGGCAAGGAGUGUUAUUGGCUAUUCUUGAAAAAGCAAACGUAAUUUCUCCAAUAAAUGUAGGCCAAACAACCAGUGCCGGGACAGUUUCUGCUGGUUAUCAAAACUUUUUAAUUUGUAUUGAAAUGUUAUUUGCUGCUAUAGCUUUGCGUUAUGCAUUUCCUUAUCAAGUAUAUUCAGCUGGUUGUGUUACUGAUUCAAGAGGGAGAAGUGUAACAAUGCAAAGUAUUAGUAGCAGUUUAAAGGAAACUAUGAAUCCAAAGGAUAUAAUGACUGAUGCCAUCCAUAAUUUCCACCCACAGUAUCAACAGUACACUCAAUACAGUUCUGGAGCUCCCAAAGGACAACGUGGUAUGCGGAUAUCCAGCUUCGAUCCGGAUGAUCCACAGAACAUGCCGAUACCACCACCCCAAAGACGCCACACAUCUCAUCAACGUGUUGCUACAAUUUCUCAAAAUUAUAACGAAAAAACAAUGCUUUUAAGCAGUGACGAUGAAUUCCAAUAGACAGAAACCAUGGACAGUGUACAAAAAGCGAGAAGAGAAACAAAAAAAAGGAAAAGAAAAGAAGAAAACGGUACAUUAAUGUUGCACUUUUAUGAAUUUAAUUUCAAAGAAACAUUACGUAUAUCAUUAAAAUGAUUGUACAUCGUUAGGUAGGAACUUAACUCGCUCACAGAACAAACGACAGAUAAAUAAACAAAAUGAUGUGAUGUAAAAUCAUGCAUCACAUUAUAAUAGUUCCAUAAUGUUGCAUUCAUGUUAAUACGUGUAUUAUGUUACAUCAUGUAAACAUAGCAUAGAAGAUAUUUAUUUUAAUAUGCUGAACAUAAUUAAGGCAUUGUUACCUAUAGAGGUGGUUCUAUUGUAAGAAGAUAAAUAUGUUUUGAUUUAAAAAAUGAUUUCAUGUUUUCAAAAGAAAGGCACUGUAAGGUACUUAAUGUUUUACUAUAAUGUAUACUCAUAAAUGGGUUUGCUGCAUUACUGUGGUUCAAUAAUAUUUUUACAUUAUGAAUGAACCUUACAUAUGUUUAUAUACCAGUAUUUCUGAUUUAUAUCAGAUUAAUGUAAUUUUGCCAAUGAAAAAUAUUUAUUUUAUAAAAUACACUGAGACAGAUACUUCUAAUUAUUAUACACGUCCAAGAACUAUAUAAAAGAGCCACAAAGAUCUUUGCGUCCUAGAUUAAAGAAUGAAUGUAUAUAUCGUUAAAAUAGAAUGUAAUGAUUCAAAAAAAGUAAAGAAUUUCUCCUCAGCGCAUUCAUCUUAUCCACGUACAAAUACUUAAUAUUUAGCGUUCUACAUUGUUCAUUUUACGCUUUGCAUCUUCUUCAACAUUUCGAGAAAUGAAAACGUAUUUUAAUCUCGAUCAUAAUUAAACUUUAUUUUCUAUACAACAGAAUAAUUUGUGUAUACAUAAAUUAUAUUUAUGGAGAACGUAUGUUAUUCUGCUCCAUAAAGUAACAAUAAAAUUCGUUAUUUUAAAAGUAAA